AUGACAUUUUUUUCUGCCAUUGUACUUUUCUGCCUUCACUUUGUUAUUGUCUUUCCUAGAGAAGCUAAGCCAUUUAUGAAUAUAUUAUAUGAUAAAAAGCAUUUUACUCAUGCAUUGUAGAAAAUAAAACUAAAAGUCUCAGGGAACAGAGCAUCUAGUAUAUUCUUGAAUUAAAGUUGUUAACCAUGUUCACGUUUUCCUACAGGCAGGAAACUCAGAGAUGCUUUCAGACUUUUAUGCAGAAAGACAAGCCAUAAUAUAUUGGUUUGAACAGAAUUUACUACAUAUGUAAAUUAGAUUUUCUUUCCCCUUUUGUAUUGUAAAGGAAGCCAUUUUUGUUAUCUUUUAAUAAGUUUUUGCUGUAUGUCUACAAGAUCUUUAAUUGCAUUUAACAAAUAUUGGUGGAAUGCUUAAUAUGUGUAAGACACAGUGAUUGCAGAGUAACACUUCUGAAAUUAUAAAUUUAAUCUGUUGGAGUAAGAGAAAGUAUUCUUUUGUUAUUUGUAUUUCUUCACCAGAUCAACAAAUCAGAGAAGCCAGAAAGCUGCGACAAUGUGAAGGUUGUUGUUAGGUGCCGGCCCCUCAAUGAGAGAGAGAAAUCAAUGUGCUAUAAGCAGGCUGUCAGUGUGGAUGAGAUGAGGGGAACUAUCACUGUACAUAAGACUGAUUCUUUCAAUGAACCUCCAAAGACAUUUACUUUUGACACAGUUUUUGGACCAGAGAGUAAACAGCUUGAUGUUUAUAACUUAACUGCAAGGCCUAUUAUCGAUUCUGUUCUUGAAGGCUACAAUGGAACCAUUUUUGCAUAUGGACAAACCGGAACAGGCAAAACUUUUACCAUGGAAGGUGUUCGCGCUGUUCCUGAACUUAGAGGAAUCAUACCAAAUUCAUUUGCUCACAUAUUUGGUCAUAUUGCAAAAGCAGAGGGUGAUACAAGAUUUUUGGUUCGAGUGUCUUAUUUGGAAAUAUAUAAUGAAGAGGUUCGUGACCUUUUGGGCAAGGAUCAGACACAGAGGUUAGAGGUUAAAGAAAGACCUGAUGUGGGAGUUUAUAUCAAAGAUUUAUCAGCUUAUGUGGUAAAUAAUGCUGAUGAUAUGGAUAGAAUUAUGACACUAGGCCACAAAAAUCGUUCUGUUGGUGCAACUAAUAUGAAUGAACAUAGUUCCCGUUCACAUGCCAUCUUUACAAUUACUAUAGAAUGCAGUGAAAAAGGCGUUGAUGGUAACAUGCAUGUCAGGAUGGGAAAACUCCAUCUUGUUGAUCUUGCUGGUUCAGAAAGACAAGCAAAAACUGGAGCUACUGGACAACGCCUAAAGGAAGCUACAAAAAUCAAUCUUUCACUUUCCACCCUUGGUAAUGUGAUUUCUGCUUUGGUUGAUGGAAAAAGCACUCAUGUGCCUUAUCGUAACUCUAAGUUGACUCGUCUUCUUCAGGAUUCCUUAGGAGGAAAUUCAAAAACCAUGAUGUGUGCAAAUAUUGGGCCAGCAGAUUACAAUUAUGACGAAACUAUCAGUACAUUGCGCUAUGCCAACCGUGCUAAAAAUAUUAAAAAUAAAGCUAGAAUUAAUGAAGAUCCAAAGGAUGCUUUGCUUCGUCAGUUUCAGAAAGAAAUAGAAGAACUGAAAAAAAAGCUUGAAGAAGGGGAAGAAAUAUCAGGAUCUGAUAUCAGUGAAUCAGAGGAAGAAGAUGAUGAAGAGGGUGAAGUUGGAGAAGAUGGAGAGAAAAGGAAAAAAAGAAGGGAUCAAGCAGGUAAAAAGAAAGUUUCUCCAGAUAAGAUGGUUGAAAUGCAAGCAAAAAUUGAUGAGGAGAGGAAAGCACUUGAAACAAAGCUUGACAUGGAGGAAGAAGAAAGAAAUAAGGCUAGAGCUGAGUUAGAGAAACGAGAAAAGGAUCUUCUUAAGGCCCAACAGGAGCAUCAAUCUUUGCUGGAAAAGUUAUCUGCACUGGAGAAGAAGGUAAUUGUUGGUGGCGUUGAUUUGUUGGCAAAAGCCGAGGAACAAGAGAAACUUCUUGAAGAAUCUAAUAUGGAACUGGAAGAAAGGCGGAAAAGAGCAGAGCAGCUUCGUAAAGAACUUGAGGAAAAAGAGCAAGAACGCUUGGAUAUUGAAGAAAAAUAUACCAGCUUGCAAGAAGAAGCGCAGGGAAAGACCAAGAAAUUAAAGAAAGUUUGGACUAUGUUGAUGGCUGCAAAGUCAGAGAUGGCCGAUCUCCAACAAGAACAUCAGAGGGAAAUCGAAGGCCUACUGGAGAACAUUCGACAACUUAGCCGGGAGCUUCGACUUCAGAUGCUUAUUAUUGAUAACUUUAUACCUCAGGAUUAUCAGGAAAUGAUUGAAAACUAUGUCCACUGGAAUGAAGACAUAGGAGAAUGGCAGCUAAAAUGUGUUGCCUACACCGGAAAUAACAUGAGGAAGCAGACCCCAGUACCUGAUAAAAAGGAGAAAGACCCCUUUGAAGUGGACCUUUCCCAUGUGUAUCUCGCCUACACAGAGGAGAGCCUGCGGCAGUCCUUGAUGAAAUUAGAAAGGCCACGGACUUCAAAGGGAAAAGGAAGGCCAAAGACAGGGAGAAGAAAGCGUUCUGCAAAGCCUGAAACUGUGAUCGACUCUUUACUUCAGUAAAUGUUAAUGGACUUAAAAUCAUGACAAAAAUUACUGAUAUUCUAAUGCCUAGACAAAAUCUUUAAUUAAAGCACUGAAGACUUCUGUGUAAUUUUGAAUAAUGGAAGCUGUAAAUUGUGGAGUACAACUGGAAAUAAUAAUUUGCCUAAUAUCUUUUAGUCUAUAUAUAUUAAGUUAAUAUGACAUAUUAAAAUUGUACAACUAGUGAUUGUUCAGAUUGUCAUGUUACUCUUUAAUUUGAAGUUGGGGAGCAGCUCACACUAUAGAGAGCUGCAGUUUAGAUGCAUACGUAAAUCAGUUAACCAUUUACCCAACUACUUUGUAUUUAGAUAAACAGAAUUUAAAAAAUUUAUGUCCUGUUUUGCACAUAUAAACUAGCAGAUCAAACUGUCCUGUGUUAUUCUGUUAUAUUUGUGUGGGCUGCACAUCUAAGAAAUGACUCAAUCCUAAUACUGACCUACCUGGCCUGUUUAAAUGUUCCUAGUUUUUAUUCUAACAUUCAUUGUAUUUUAAGUAUAAGAUGACGAUUUAUAGGUCUUCUGUGGAAAAUUUUAUAAUUUGACAGUCAAUCUUUAGAAGUAUACAUGUCUCAAAGAACGGUUGAAUAUGUGUUUCAUCUGAAUCUCUGCCGACCUGUUUUACCACUUUGAGUUCAAAUUAAAUAUGCUUUUUUUGUUAUGGUUUCAUGUUCUCUUGAAACACUGUUCAGUACCUAAAUAUAAAGGAGCCACAGUUGCAGAAAAUUAAGAAGCUAAAUACUGGUCACUUUAUCUUUGCCUGUAUUUUUCUUUUUUUUUUAAAUCACUUGGAUUGUGACGCUUGAAUACUUUGCUGUGUCUUGGUUUUGCAUUUUGAUGGAAAUUGCUCUGUAUCUCCCAGUUGAGAAAGGUCUCCAUUUUCCAGAAAAUGAAACUAAGCCAGAAAAACGCUUUUUCUCAUAUUUUAUAAAAAGGAAGUAUUCUUCCCAAAUUUCUUCUGUUUUAAGACCAGUUAAGACCGUAUUCCUAUAAAAAUAAAAAUUAUUUUCAUUUUGUAGUAAAAUAAGUUAUAAUAGAUAAAAUUGUUCUUUCGUUGGCUGCUUACAAAGUUUUUGUUUUGUUUUUAAAGUUAUGCUGCUCCUAAACCACUCAAUAAUGUCUUUUGUGAGUCUUUAAAUUGCAUAAUCAGUUCUGGAACACAUUGUUUGCAGAUGUUUUGAGACUUCGUAAGUUAGUAUUUAUUAAAUUUUCAUUAUUUUAAUAAGUUUGACUAAGCAUUGGUUUAUAAUUAGAAAACUUGUAUAGAGUUAGGGGUCAGUGACGUACUAGUGAGGUGGUGGUAAAAAUGCGUCCUUAAAUUUGAAGUAUGUAUCAGAGAUAGAGUACUAAAUGUCCUAUGUAUGGUGAGUAUUUUCUGGGUAAUACAGAUUGCAUUUGUCAGCAUUUUCUUUGUAGUGUGUAAGAUAAUUCAAAGUUUAUAACUUUAUGGGGCAUUGUUUAGGUACUGUGAAGAAUUGAGGUGAAUUUACGUCUUGGAAAAUCUUUGUGUAAGCAGAAUAUCUUGGCACUUGUAAAAUAUUUUUGAUGAUGCACAUUUACUUCUGUUAGUAAUUGCUCUAGAGAUAUCUUAAUUUUACCAGUAGGACAAAAAAAAAAGGUUAAUGCUUCUUCUUUUUAAAAGUCCAUGUUUCUAGUCUUUACCAAUCUAGUUAAUAACAAAGGAGUAACUUUUGAGUUAAGCUGUAAAACAUUAUAGAAAUUUUAAGCCAGUAUGUUGGAUUUUUUUUCUAUUCCACCCCACCACCAUAAUAAUAAGAAAUCUAUAAAAAGACAAAACAUUGAAGAAUUCUUAAAACGUGGUUUUUAGCAGUUUUCUUUUUUUUUUUUUUAAAGCAUUUACGUUACAACUGAUUAUAUCAGAUGGGCAUUAAAGAUUCAUUUUAUGAGAUACCAAAAUUGGAUAUUCAAGCCAGGCCUGAAUACCUAUAUGAGAAAACAGGGGCACUAACUUUUGAACUAUUCAUUGAGUUCCAAUCAUAGCAGUCCUAUGGUUUCUUCACAUUUAUUGUGUCUUUCACCACAAAUGAAAUGUUUUGUGACUUCAGUGUUAAUUUUAUGAAAGGAUAUAGGUGAAUAAACUUGCUCGCUAUUUGAAAUAAAUACACAGGUUUAAAACAAGUGGCACAUACAUAUAAAUAGGUUACUGAAUGUAUAUUCCUUCUUUUUUCCUUUUAAUUUAAGAAGUAAUAUUUAUUUAUUAAAUGGAGCUUGGUAGAGUGUUACUGGUUUAUAGAGUAUUCUUUAAUAAACUCUAUAAUUACAUGUUAAAUCUUAGGAUAUUAAAAUAUGAUAGUAUUCCCCGUUUUUGUUUAGAUUCUUUUGAAGUAUGAGAUUAAUUAAGGGUAGUCUACAUCUGCAUGUUUAUCCCACAAGCAGAAUCCAUUUGUCAAACUGUCUCUAUAUUCUGGAAAAAGAGGAAUUUUUUUCAGCAAGAAAUUUAAGGCUACUUUUUGGGGUGGGGUGGUACUAUUUCAUCGGUGGCAGGUUUUAAAAUUAUGAUUAUGAUUUUCUGUAUGGGUUGUUUUGGGAUUUUUUUUUUUUUCCUUAUUUCUUUUUAGUCUGUUAUAAAUAUCUCUUUCCCCUUAACUCUUUAUCUGAAGGAAAGUUCCUCUCUUUCCCAUAGGGCUGUGAAUUAAGGAAUGGGUAGAGUUUACAUUUCAGCGCAGCAGUGUCUGCCCGAUUUCUUGGUGUAUACAUUUGUUUUCCAUUUUAAUUCUUCCUUGUUCUUAGACUGACAGAAGAAAAUGUAGGUCUCCUACUGCCUUUGAACUUAUACUGUAGUCUGACUAAUUUAAAUCAUUAAUAAUUUCAGUAGCAUUACUACAUACUGUAUACUGGCCAAAAUGACAAAUUGUACAAAAGUUUGUUGCAUUAAUUUCAAGAGCCACACUUUCAUUGUAUUUUAUGUAUAAAUUGUAUUUGUUAAGUUGUAUAUAUCAGUAUUGUAUGUAUACAUGCAGCAUGGUUAUAUAAGAAAUAAAAAUCUUUACCUAAUGCCUGUAGCGGUCUGCUGCUCUUCUUAAGAUUUUUGUGUUUACUCCCAUCCUGAUGUUAAUGGGCAGGUUCUUUGUGACUUCUCAAUUUUAUAUGGUUAAGAAAGGCCUGUGUAAUUUCAUACUUGGAAACUCUUAAUGUUGUGGGUCUUGAAAACAGAAAUCAUCAUGAAACAGAAACU